GUGCAAUACAAGAUACGAUUUAAGCGACUGUUGUGCAAUUUAAACUCCACUCCGCCAUCAUUGGCGAGAGAGAACAGUUGGGUAAAAGCGAGAACACACAUUACAUAAUGGGUUGUGCUAUUCAAUUCCCUCCGCUAACACUUAAAAUGGGCCAUAUUGAAGAAAGAUAUAGAGUCGUUGGGUUGCCAAGUAGGAAGUUGGGAAAGAACCAAGUUUUUUCGUCUGAAACGGUGCCAAGUUCUUUUGACACAGAAUCACCGAAAAGAAUAUGCAAGAAAGGGCACCAUUCUAAAACAAUUGCUCAAGAUAUAUCAACGACUCAACAUGACACGAGUACCUUAAAAUCUAAUGACAAAAACAAGCAUAACACGACGAAAGGCAUGGACAGUGAAGGAACUCCAGUAAAGAAAAAGAAGAAAUGGAAAUCUCUUCCAUUAACAGAUGUAGGAUUUAAAAUGUCUCUCUUUCCUCGCCCAACAAGGCCGGAAAUAUUCGACCCCGACGAGGAAGAGCGGAUUUUACGGACAAUAGAACGAGACCUCGAGAGUUACGAAGCAACAGUAGAAAAGUACAGAGACUUGGAUGCCACUCACACGGAGUUGUUCGAGGGAAACGUGUCUAAAAAGGACAAACUAUCACGCAAGGACAAGCACCGACGAGUGCGCAAAGCAGGGAAGCAAGUUAAAGACAAAUACUGUUACAAUCUUAAAAAUAAUAAAGGUCGAAAGAGGUUGUUUAUUCAUCAUAGACUAUAUAAACUUAUUAAUCUAGAGGAGAAGCGAGUAUACCUUCAUUUACCUUCUAACUCGAAAUAUAGAGAGUCCAACCUUAUUAAUCGUGAUAACAGAAACAACAGCGAAACAAAAUCAAGAUUAAAUGUACAUGUAAAACCACCUGGGAAACCUCAAAACCUAAGACAUGCUCUGGCACAAAAUAACGCUGCUGGAGACAUAUCAACAGAUCUAGUCAGUGUUCUUAUAAACCUUCAACACAGAGAACUAACACCGGAAGACUAUGAAGUUUUGCUACGCCUUGAUGAAUCCGUUGCUCCUAAAACUAUAGAUAAAUCCACAUUAGACAAUUUUAAAACGGACACAGUGACGGUCGAUGUUGCGGGUGACGUGUGCGCGGUGUGUUUGGACGUAUAUGAACUGGGGCAGAUUAGGAAGUUCCUGCCAUGCAAUCACGUGUUUCACGCCUCGUGCAUUGACAUGUGGCUGGAGAACUCCUCCAGGAACUGCCCAAUUGACGGGCUUCCGAUAGAUGAGCGCUCGUGACAUCGACCAAUAAUAACUGCUUAAAUAUAUAUGUUUAUUAAUUUAUAUAUGUUAUGUUAUAUGUACGGGUUUUGUUUUAGAAUCGUUUUGGAAAUGAUUCGUUGACCUUUAUAAUAUUGUCAACGCAAUUAUGAAAAUAAACAAAACAAAUUACCACUACAA